AUGGCGUCGCAUACCUGCCGCACCAUCAUAGUUGGAUGCGACUAAGCAGAAGUUUCGUCAAAACAUGAAGGAAACAUUUAUUAUCAGGUGACAGCAACCGCGUGGCCAAUUUUCAAAGGUGAUAUAAACAGAUGUUUUUCUUUGUAAAACAAUUUUUCAGUACUCUGAAUUCAAUUCGUAUCUUAUAUACACGUUCGUUAAAAUGGUGCCAUGAUAUCGCACACUACAUACAAUGUUUCAAUGCGUGUUUCAUGAAUUUUUUUUUUUUAUUUAUUUUAAAAUCAUAUCUGAUUUAGAGGCUCGGUUUUUGUAGUGUCGAUGUUAAUCUAACUGAUGCACAUAUGCAUUAAAAUAUUUAUCAUAUAUUGAAAAAGAAUUCGCAAGAACGAAAAUGGCGUGGGUGUAGAUUGAUCUUGAAGCUAUAGAGUCGUUCUGAGUCGUGAUAAUAUCCAAGUAGAAUAACAGCGCGCCAUCUACAUUGCGUAUCAUUCGAUCAAAACCUUGAAUUUUGUUCGCAGAUGAUUGGCCGACGCUGUGCUCUCAUCGCUUUGGGCGGUCUUUUGAUUCUUGUCCUUAGCGUCAAUGUAUAUUUUAUUCGAAUGAUUGUAGAGAGCUCGUCGCACAAAACUUCUUCCAAAGGCAUGCCCAUCUCGCAAUUGAAGCCCGAACAGGAGCAAUUAAUAUCUCAAGCGGAACAAAAUUUACAAGUUUCGCAGAAGUCAGUUGCGAAGGAUAUGAUGAAAAAGAUCCGGGAGGAAAUACAGAUAUUACCACCGAAAUACUUUAAGCAAAAUACUAGCUACGCGAUAGUACUGGAGAGAUUGUUAACUGAAUUAAGAAUAAUGCCUAAUGCUGUUCAGAAAAAUAUAUGGAGUAUUCCUAAUAGCAAUUGGCCUGAUGCUCAUCAAUUAAUACCACCGGUUGCGCCCGAAUUAGGAACAAUUUUAGACAUCUUGCGUAAAUCAAAAGUGAUGCGCGCGGAUAACGCACCGCUUGGUACACAAUUGAAGUUGAUGUUAACCUUGGAACACGGGACGAAAGCGAUGUUCAAGCCCCAGUGGUAUUCCAGGGACGCUAUUAUUCGAGGGCCUGUUUAUCAUGGAAAAGAUCGACACAAUGCCGAAGUAGUAGCAUUCCAUUUAUCUUCCUUACUGGCCUUAAGAAGAGUGCCGCUUACUGUUAUACGAAAACUUGACUUAAGGAAUGAAAUUCGGCCGCGUGCUACUCCUGAACUUUAUGCUACCAUGUAUCAAGAUGGUAAUGAUACUUGUUUGUACGGUGUUUGCCAUUAUUGCUCUCCUGCGGAUCCAGUGUGUGGAGUAGGUGAUAUUUUAGAAGGUGCUUUAAUCUCUUGGUUACCGCGAUACUUAAGACUCGUAAAACAUCGCCAUCCAUGGCAGAGAACAUAUAAAAAGAACAAACUUGCAAUGUGGGAAACGGAUGAUAACUAUUGUGAAAAAGUAAAAGACACUAAAGCAUAUUCUCCACAAUCAUCGAGUAGACUUUUAGAUUUAGUAGACACUGCGAUUUUCGAUUUUUUAAUGGAUAACGGUGAUCGCCACCAUUACGAAUUAGCACAGAACAAUUUCCAUAAUCCAGCUGUAUUGUUAAUUGACAAUGGGAAAAGUCUUGGAAAUCCUGAUGUAGAUCAUUUUGAUAUUUUAGCACCUUUGUACCAGUGUUGUAUGAUUCAUAAAACUACUUGGGAUCGUUUAAAAUUAUUUAGUGGCGGUUCGUUGAGCAUAGCUCUUACGAGGCUUGUUGCUCAUGAAUCGCUAAUGGCUGGUGUUCAACCCCUUGUUACAGAAGCCCACUUAAGUGCCAUGGAUAGAAGAUUAUUUACUAUUUAUGCAGUCGUAGAAUAUUGUUUAAAAAACAAAAAAUACGCUUCCAAUGUUAUUUUAGAUCAUCGGUAGCUUAUAUUUAGUGCAUUUGAACAAUUUAAAUGCCUGAGAUAUUAGGAAUACAUUCGUAUUUUAAAUAGCGAAUUAUACUUUUUUUAAUGUCAUUCCAAGUUCGUCAAUUCAAGACUUAGCAAAAAUCUUGCUGGAUUGUUUGUAUUUACUAUUUAAUACUUACCAUUUAAUAUUUAUGCACAAGUACAGUACGUGUAUAUAUCUUUGGUCUAAAUAAAACUGCUGUGUAUGUAAGUUUAUUCAAUUUAUAAUUACAUUUUCUGUGUCAAGGAUCAUACAUUGUACCGUACAAUGUGAAAAAAAAAUGAAGUUGGUGAAAAAGAACGAUAGAAUUAAUUCGACCGUAUAAAGUUUAGUAUGAUUUAUUUGAUGACACAAUAAUAAUUAUCGUUAUUUGAAUAAAGGUCCAGUGCAGCGUCGUACAGCGUAUAAAUACGGUACAAACGUAAAAAACCUGUAAAUGUGACUGUAUAAUUAUUACAUGCACAUCUCUCUCGUAUUCAUGGACAUUGCGAUGCCGAUCGAAAUCUGAACUCGAUCUCAAGACUUAUCAAACAUGUACACUAUGUAUAAUCGGUGUAGCCUGUGAUAUUUUCUGUCGUUUUUGGCUUAUGGCAGUUGAUACGUUGUAACCCGUUGAUAAGUUGCACGCAUAAAGCAUUCAAUUCCUUUGCUUUUCAUCUUUUUUCUUUUCCUUUUUUAUACAUUUUACACGCCAUAACCAAAAGAGAUUGUACAGGCUACCACGGGACUUCGAGUCAAAUUUGCAUCUAGCGUCAUCGUACAUUUCACUCGUAUUUUAUAUUUACAAUGUUACAUGACCAGAAUUACUCACGUAUCUUACUGGCUAAUUAUAAACUUUAUUCGUAACAUAAAUUUAGCGCCAUCAUCGUUAGGUUGUGUGUGUAUACAUAUACAUAUACAUAUAC